CUGACAGCUGCUUGUUGAUGACAUUCAAAUGUAAAUAUUGCUAUUGUAAUACUAAAUUUAAUAUUGAUUAUUAAAAUAGAAUAUAAGCUUCAAAUCAAUGGUAUAUAAUGGUUUAUAAGUGAGACUAGUUAAACAGUGGAUUAAACAUUAAAACCAAACACAAUGAGCAACCUGACAGCGGCAGAUGCAAGUGCUCUAACACUGGAAAUAGGCCCCUUUGAAACUGUUCAUAGAUGGAAACGAAUGCCAGAAUGUGACGAAUUUGUGGGUGCUAGGAGAAGUAAGCAUACUGUGGUAGCAUAUAAAGAUGCCAUUUAUGUAUUUGGAGGAGAUAAUGGAAAGAGCAUGUUAAACGAUCUUCUGAGAUUUGAUGUUAAAGAGAAAAGCUGGGGAAGAGCUUUUGCUACUGGAUGUCCGCCAGCUCCAAGAUACCAUCACUCUGCUGUAGUCCAUAACACAUCUAUGUUUGUUUUUGGAGGAUAUACUGGUGAUAUUCAUUCUAACUCUAAUCUUACAAACAAAAAUGAUUUAUUUGAAUAUAAAUUUCAUUCUGGGCAAUGGAUAGAAUGGAAAUGGUUUACGGGGCAAACUCCUGUUCCAAGAUCAGCUCACGGGGCUGCUAUUUUUGAUAACAGGCUCUGGAUUUUUGCAGGAUAUGAUGGAAAUGCCAGAUUAAAUGAUAUGUGGACUAUACCACUAUUUGGUGAGGCAAAAAGUUGGGAAGAAGUUGACCAAAAAGGAGAAUGUCCACCGACUUGUUGUAACUUUCCAGUAGCAGUAGCUAGAGACUGUAUGUUUGUCUUUAGUGGUCAAAGUGGAGCAAAGAUAACAAAUUCUCUCUUUCAAUUCAGCUUUAAAGAAAAAACUUGGACACGAAUAUCUACAGAACACAUACUGCGAGGAGCUCCAGCUCCACCUGCUCGUCGAUAUGGUCACACAAUGGUUGCAUUUGACAGACACCUUUAUGUAUUUGGGGGAGCAGCUGAUUCGACUCUGUCCAAUGAUCUGCACUGUUUUGAUUUAGACUCACAAAAAUGGUCUGUUGUUUUACCAGAUGUAGAAUCAUUUGUUCCAUCUGGUAGAUUGUUCCAUGCAGCAGCUGUGGUUGGAGAUGCUAUGUUUAUUUUUGGAGGAACUGUGGAUAAUAAUGUUAGGAGUGGGGAGAUGUACAGAUUCCAAUUUUCAAGUUAUCCAAAAUGCACCCUACAUGAAGAUUAUGGAAAAUUGCUUGAAACAAGAAUGUUUUGUGAUGUACAAUUCUUGGUAGGCCCGGAAGAACAAAAAAUAACUGGACAUGUAGCAUUAGUGGCUGCAAGAUCUGGUUAUUUAAGGAAACUGAUUCGGCAAGCAAGAGAAAACCGGGAUUUGCAUUUGGAAAGGUUAUUUGGCACACCGAAAGUUCCAUUUACGGACAUUCCUCUACUAGAAGUAAAAUUACCGGAUGCAGACCCCGAAGCUUUCGAAAUGGUACUCAACUAUAUUUAUAUGGACUGCAUUGAUCCAACAAAACAAGCCAGAGAGGAUGAAGAUCCGUUUUCGAAUAGAAUUGUGCUCAGAAUGAUGGACGUUUACAGGUUGGCAGUACAAUUCAACAUGGCACGAUUAGAACAUCUUUGUGUUCAGUACCUAAAUGCAACAAUUUGUUUAAAGAACGUGUUGGUAGCGUUACACAACGCAGAUCAACUUCAGUUAGACUUCAUCAAAGAAUAUUGCUUGCGAUUUAUCGUAAAAGAAAGUAAUUACAACCAAAUAGUCAUGAGUUCAGAAUUUGAGUCUCUAGAAAGAAGUCUGAUGGUGGAAAUUAUAAGAAGAAAACAAAUGCCUCAAUACAAGCCUAACAAUGACACCCAGUUCGAUACAGCUGGUGGUUCCCUGGAACAAGAUAUGGCGAUGUUUCUGAGAGUGACAGGUAAAGAAUUCUGUGAUAUAGAUCUGAAGUUGGAUGGGAACCUUAUCUCUGCUCACAAAACCAUUUUGGCUGCGCGCUGUGGAUACUUCGAGGCUAUGUUCAGAUCGUUUAUGCCCGCAGAUAGCAAAGUAAAUAUACAAAUCGGGGAAAUGAUUCCAUCAAAGGAAUCAUUCGACUCCCUCCUACGGUACAUAUAUUAUGGAGACGUCAACAUGCCACCUGAAGAUUCUCUCUAUCUCUUCUCUGCACCUUUCUUCUAUGGUUUUACCAACAAUCGGCUCCAAGCAUUUUGUAAACAGAAUCUCGAGAUGAAUGUCACUUUUGAGAACGUCAUUCAAAUUUUGGAAGCGGCGGAUAAAAUGCAAGCUACGGACAUGAAGAAGUAUGCUUUGGAUUUGAUUGUUCAUCAUUUUACUAAGGUGGCAAAACUUCCAAGACUGCGCAUGCUCAGCAAAGAAUUAAUCUUAGACAUCUUGGAAGUACUCGCCGAGAGCAUGGAGUCCAAUAUGCGUAACGACGUGUCCAAUGGACUGCUCAAUCUGGAUCCGUGAUUAGCAACAAAUUUAAGAGAGAUGAGCCUAACACUACGAGGAGUGUCUAUUAUUUUAUUUACUGUGAUUUCCGCUAUCAUCGAUAGAAAUUUGUUGAAUAAACUCGAAUACGAAGAAGACUGAGCUGUGACCUGGACUAGAUUUUAGGAGAGUUUAUUCAUAGAGUUUAUAAGAGUUAUAUAAGAAUACUGAAUGUAUAUUAAUAGUAAAAUAAUUAUCGUUUCACUUCACAGUUUUAAUGACAAUCGAAGUAAAGGGUGAUGCCAAAAAUUUCAACAAAAUUUUUAUCUUAGAAGUUUCUCAAAUCCUAGAAAGUGUGUAAUUUUAUCAUAUGGCCUCUGCAGUAUUUAUACAUUUUAUCUUAAUUGUGUUUUCAAAUAUUUUUAAUUUUUUUAACUAAGUAAAACAUUGAUAUACUCGGUUCGUUGAUCCCGGUACCAAUACGCAUAUGUUUAUUUUUCAUUGUAUUCUCUACAACUCUUUAUGACUCACUACAACCAAUCUAAACUACACUUGCGAUCAUAAAAAGCGGGUCACUCGAUGAUUUAUUUAAGUUUUUUUUUUGCUUGAAAAAUGGCUUUAGCAGAGAUAAUUAGCCAGAUUUAUUCGAGUUAGAUGUCUCGAAUUUUCUAAACCUGUUGUCCGAUUUGAGUGAUUUUUUUAAUAUGGUAUAGCUUUAUUCUUUAACAAUAUCGCUAUAAUAAUAUUGUUGCUAGACAGGUAAAUUGUCAUUGUAUGCCGGGUUUAACGCUCAUAGUGUGUUUAUUCCUCAAUGCUCGGAACACCAUAUGGAAUGUUCUAGCAUAGAUAAAAUAUUGAAAUUAAAACUCGAUUGUAGCCUUAGGCUUUCUUAACAUUUUCUUUUUUGCUUUAUUGGUUUAUGUUGGAUAAUAAAAAAGUUAGGCACGUUAACAACUAACCAUGUUCUUCAUCAAUACAGGUUGUUUCUAAAUAAGCGCGACAAACUUUAAGGGGUAAUUCUUUAAUGACCGUUUGCUUUAUAAACGUAUGGCCGCAAAUUAUUCGGUUUCGAGAUACGGGAUGUUGAAUUUUUUCUUACAAACUGACGAUUUAUUUAUUGCUCUAAAACCGCUUGCGAUAUGCAAAUGAAAUUUUGGUAGGUGUUAAGAGGUAGUUAUGGCGCAUUUUUUGACAUACAAUUAAGAAUUUCAUAUUCACCAUUGGCGUGCAUACGGGAUGUAUCUAAAAUGUUUAUACCCGUAUGCACGCCAAUGGUGAAUAGAGAAUUAUUAAUUGUAUGUCAAGAAAUGCACAAUAACUGCCUCUUAAAACCUACCAAAUUCUAUUUGCAUAUCUCUACGGGUUUUAGAGCAAUAAAUAAAUCAUCAGUUUGUAAGAAAAACUUCAACAUCCCUUAUCUCGGAAACGAAGCAUUUGCAGACAUGUUUAUAAAGCAAACUGUCAUUAUUUUUUCAUGCAGAAUUACCCCUUUUGCACUUUGUGCGACAAACUGCAGAAGUUUGUCGCACUUAUUUAGAAACACCCUAUAUUGAUGAAGAACAUGGCUAGUUAUUAACGUGCCUAACUUUUUUAUUGUCCAACAUAAACAAAUAAAUCAAAAAGGAAAAUGUUAAGAGAGCAUAAGGCUACAAUCGAGUUUUAAUUUCAAUAUUUUAUCUAUGCUAAAACAUUCCAGAGGGUGUUCCGAACUUUGAGGAAUAAACACUGUAUGAUUGUUACACCCGGUAUACAAUGACAAUUUACCUGUCUAGCAACAAUAUUAUUAUAGUGAUAUUGUUAAAGAAUAAGGCUAUAACAUACUAAAAAAAUCACUCAAAUCGGACAACAGGUUUAGAAAAUUCGAGACAUCUGACUUGAAUAAUUCAUCGAGUGACCUGCUUUUUAUGAUAGCAAGUGUAUUUUUGUAUGGAUCAGAAUUGGAUUAGAAACUGUUAUAUUAUAUUCGUCAAAAAAUAUCAGAAACUUGACAGUUGUCUACUUUUUAUUCUCAUGUUAAACAAUCCAAAACAUAUUUUUUAUGGAAAAAAUAUAAUAACCUACUAAUGCUACUAUGCAUGCUACUAUGCUAUAGACGGAUUGUAGUGAAGAGUAUGGUUCUCAGCUAUAAAUUUUAAAAUCCUUCCAAUGUACUAUGCUUUGUUUUUAAACCAGGAGGAAUAAGCUAAAAAGACAGAUAUACACCCAAGAAAGUCACUAGAAAAAUCACCAAAUAAUCCAUAAAUAUUAUAUUAUACUAAUACCUAAAGAGUUAUGAAAACAACUGUUUUUUAUAUAAAACAGACUAAAAAUCCAAAAAUUAAAGGAAUAACGCAGAAAACACAAAAAAUCACUGAUAUAACUUAAUUAACUUAUGAAAUGCCAAAAGUGUCAAAAUUUCAUAAUAGAGGAGUAAACUUGCCUGAGGUUGCACCAAUUAUAAACAAGCAUUACGGCGCGGUAAAUUUGAAUUACUCCUCCUAGUUUAAAAACAGAGUAUAAAAUGUUUAUAAAGCAUUCAUUUGAAGUGUAUUCUAUUAAUAUAUUGUAAGAUACCAAAUGUUAAUGUUUUUAAUUGUUUUCUUUAUUAACUAUUAAAAAGACUGGAUGUAUGUAAAUGAAAAUAAAACAUAUUUAAAUUAAAA